ACGUGAACCGAUGGAAAUCAACCAUGAGUCAUAUGGUUCGAGCUCUCCGGCAAUGGCCGCCGAUGUUGCAAAAACAUUGUUGCGGUUGCGCCGUACAUCAUUUUCUCUCCUUGUCUCCACCGUGGGUGGCAAAAAGAAUAUACUCUCGUCGACUAUCUUUAGCUACCGUCCAUUCUGCUCGACGCGAAGUCCAAUAUGAAUCAAAAGGACUCAGAUUAUCCAAAGCUCCAGCACUAGCCAAAUCCCAAGAAGAUGAGAGCAUUAAUGAUGAUGAUUCGGAUGUUAGAAAGAGCCGCAACCAGCUUAAACGGGAAGCUCGACGAGCUGUCCAAUGGGGCAUGGAUCUCGCGACCUUCUCCACUUCUCAAAUUAAACGCAUCCUUAGUGUGACGUCCCUCGAGAAAGAUGUCUUCGACGCAAUAAUGCUUGUGAAGAGGCUUGGGAAUGAUGUAAGGGAAGGAAGGCGAAGGCAGUUCAAUUACAUUGGAAAACUGCUGAGGGAUGCUCAACCUGACACUGAAUUACUCGACAUUUUAAUACAGGCCACAAAAGCCGGUGACCAUAAGAUACUACAGAGAUUAUGUGCUUCAGUAGAUGAUGAAGUUUCAAAAUCUGUACAUGAGGAGGAGGAGGAGGAGGAGGAGGAGGGUCCGCAUGUAGACAUUGCUACAAGGUGGUUUGACGGGUUAAUCAGUAAGGACAAUAUCAUUACGAAGGAAAUUUAUUCGCAAACUGUUGAAUUUGACCGUCAGGAGCUGCGAAGACUAGUUCGAAAAGUACAUAUGGUUGAAGAACGCAAGGCAGCAAUUGAAGAAAAUGGGGAUGAAGUCAAUGCAGCAAUAACAAAUGCCAGAAAGCCCCUUGCUCGUUUUCUUUAUAGAAUGGCGAAACAGUUGCCCUCCGAUGAACUCUAGGCAAUGGCCAACCUGCUGUUAAACUCAAACAGGACAAAAGGGUAUGCGAAAUUUGAAUAGAAUUACUCUUGGACAUCGUGUGAAUUGUGGGAAGAAAAUAAAACCCACCAAAAUGAUGGUCCAGUCCACCGAAGAAGACAUCUUCCCGUUGAAUAGGGAUUUGUGCUUGUGUUUGUCCUGUAAGUUAAUUUGUUAGUUUUUGUGAUAUUAAUUUAUUAUUACACAAUUAAUUGAAUGGACACAAUUAAUUAAACUUAAAUUUUGUCA